CUGGUGAGGAGGGGAGGGGGGCGGGUGCGCCAAGGGAUGAUUGACAAUAAUGGCGACGCGUCUAGUCUGAAUUGACUCCAUGGGGGUGAGAACCAUCUCCAGCCGACACAAGGGAACAUCUCAGGUGAAUGUUUCGCGUCGCACAGGAUAAAAAAACACCCCCGAGGGAGGACAUUAGCACCAGUGGCAAAUACUUGGCUUCGGCAAGAAGGAUUUUUGCCUUUGCUAGCUUCUAGUUAGCUCGCUAGCUGGCUAAGUUCGAAGAGGGUCGCAUUGUGAGGAGGAGGGGCGGUCAGCUUGCACGGACCUGGCUAAACCAACAAUGUCGCUGCUUCACAAGCUUCCCGUCUCCAUUUGUGAAUGAAGUGUGUGCUUUUCCAAAAACAUCCUCCCUCCUUCGAGCGGCUAGUGUUGGCUAGUGGGCUAGCUUCGUGGGCUGGUGUUUCGGCUCUGUUCGGACUUGCUCGAGCUUUGCUUUCGGAACCCGCUGGUGCAAGCUCACUUUGGGCUAACGUGCUAGGAUCAACUUGAACCUUCGCAGGAGCAUUGCGAUCUUUUUUUUGUCGUAUUCAAUGACUACCGGCAGGAACAACCGAGCCAUGAUGGAAGGAGUCGGGGCCAGAGUGGUCCGCGGACCCGACUGGAAGUGGGGCAAGCAGGACGGCGGAGAGGGACAUGUUGGCACCGUGAGAAGUUUUGAAAGUCCCGAGGAGGUCGUUGUUGUCUGGGAUAACGGAACGGCUGCGAACUACCGCUGCUCUGGAGCUUACGACGUGAGGAUAUUAGACAGUGCACCUACAGGAAUAAAGCACGAUGGAACAAUGUGUGACACCUGCCGUCAACAGCCCAUCAUUGGCAUUCGUUGGAAAUGUGCGGAGUGCACCAAUUACGACCUCUGUACAACCUGUUACCAUGGAGACAAACAUCAUCUGAGACACCGCUUCUACAGGAUCACCACCCCGGGCAGCGAGAGAGUGCUUCUGGAGUCGAGGCGCAAGUCAAAGAAAAUCACCGCAAGAGGCAUCUUCACUGGAGGCCGGGUGGUGCGAGGCGUGGACUGGCAGUGGGAAGACCAGGAUGGAGGCAACGGAAGAAGAGGAAAGGUGACUGAGAUACAAGACUGGAGCGCAGCCAGCCCCCACAGUGCUGCCUACGUUCUGUGGGACAAUGGGGCCAAGAACCUGUACCGGGUUGGCUUUGAGGGAAUGUCGGAUCUGAAAUGCGUUCAGGAUGCCAAAGGAGGGUCCUUUUACAGGGACCACUGUCCUGUGUUAGGUGAGCAGAAUGGCAACAGAAACCCCGGUGGUCUUCAGAUUGGAGACCUAGUCAACAUCGAUUUAGACCUCGAGAUCGUCCAGUCACUCCAGCAUGGCCAUGGCGGCUGGACUGACGGCAUGUUCGAGACUCUUACCACCACAGGCACGGUGUGUGGCAUUGAUGAAGAUCACGACAUUGUGGUUCAGUAUCCCAGUGGGAACAGGUGGACCUUCAACCCUGCUGUGCUGACAAAAGCCAAUGUGGUGCGCAGCGGUGAAGUUGCUGCUGGGGCAGAGGGAGGCAGUUCCCAGUUCCUGGUGGGCGAUCUGGUUCAGAUUUGCUACGACAUUGACCGCAUCAAGCUGCUACAAAGAGGCCAUGGAGAGUGGGCGGAGGCCAUGUUGCCUACCCUUGGGAAGGUGGGCCGCGUGCAGCAGAUCUACUCUGACAGUGACCUGAAGGUUGAGGUUUGUGGGACGUCGUGGACGUACAAUCCCGCUGCCGUCACUAAGAUCGCUCCCUCGGGGUCCGCUGUCAGCAACGCCUCGGGAGAGCGUCUGUCCCAGCUGCUGAAGAAGUUGUUUGAGACACAGGAGUCCGGUGACAUCAACGAGGAGUUGGUCAAGGCUGCAGCCAAUGGAGAUCUGGCCAAGGUGGAGGACAUUUUAAAGAGACCUGAUGUUGAUGUGAACGGGCAGUGUGCUGGACACACGGCUAUGCAGGCGGCCAGUCAAAAUGGACACGUGGAUGUCUUGAAGCUGCUACUCAAGCACAACGUAGAUCUGGAGGCAGAGGACAAAGAUGGGGAUCGGGCGGUGCACCACGCAGCCUUUGGAGACGAGGGCUCUGUCAUUGAGGUGCUGCAACGAGGCGGCGCCGACCUGAACGCCAGGAACAAGCGCAGGCAGACUCCGUUACACAUAGCUGUCAACAAGGGCCACUUGCAAGUGGUGAAAACCCUGCUGGACUUUGGCUGCCACCCGAGCCUCCAGGAUUCUGAGGGAGACACACCCCUGCAUGACGCCAUCAGCAAGAAGAGGGAUGACAUGUUGUCAGUGCUGCUGGAGGCAGGCGCCGAUGUCACUAUCACCAACAAUAACGGCUUCAACGCCUUGCAUCACGCUGCAUUGCGAGGAAACCCCAGUGCAAUGCGUGUGUUGCUCUCCAAACUGCCAAGGCCUUGGAUUGUAGACGAGAAGAAGGACGACGGCUACACCGCACUUCACCUGGCGGCCCUCAACAACCACGUGGAGGUUGCGGAGCUGUUAGUCCAUCAGGGCAAUGCCAGCUUAGACAUCCAGAACGUCAACCAGCAGACAGCCUUACACCUGGCAGUGGAGCGUCAGCACACUCAGAUUGUCAGAUUGCUGGUGCGAGCUGAAGCCAAGCUGGACGUGCAGGACAAGGACGGGGACACGCCGCUUCACGAGGCACUGCGACAUCAUACGCUGUCCCAGUUGCGGCAGCUGCAGGACAUGCAGGAUGUCAGCAAAGUAGAGCCCUGGGAGCCCUCCAAAAACACGUUAAUCAUGGGCUUAGGCACCCAAGGGGCAGAGAAGAAGAGCGCAGCAUCCAUCGCUUGCUUCCUGGCUGCCAACGGAGCCGACCUGACCAUUCGUAACAAGAAGGGCCAAUCCCCUUUGGACCUGUGUCCUGACCCCAGCCUCUGCAAAGCGCUUGCCAAAUGCCACAAAGAGAAGAGCAGCGGCCCGGUGGGCACUCGCAGUCCAUCUUUGAACUGUAACAUGGAGUCGCUGGAGGAGUGCAUGGUGUGCUCCGACAUGAAGAGAGACACCCUCUUCGGACCGUGCGGACAUAUCGCCACAUGCUCCCUCUGCUCACCACGUGUCAAGAAGUGUCUUAUCUGCAAAGAUCAGGUCCAGUCACGGACUAAGAUCGAGGAGUGUGUUGUGUGCUCCGACAAAAAGGCGGCGGUAUUGUUCCAGCCCUGCGGCCACAUGUGCGCUUGUGAGAACUGUGCCAGCCUCAUGAAGAAGUGCGUACAGUGCCGGGCUGUGGUGGAACGCCGUACCCCUUUCGUGCUUUGUUGCGGAGGGAAAGGUAUGGAGGAUGAUGCCGCAGAUGAUGAUGAUGAUGAUGAUGAUGAUGAUGAUGAUCUUACAGGUAGCUCUAACUCUAUGGCAGGGGGAUCGCAGGAUCUUCUCCAGCCCAACAAUCUGGCACUAAGUUGGUCUAGCAACAACAUCCCGGCCCUGCAAAGAGACAAAGACAACACCAACGUCAAUGCCGAUGUGCAGAAACUCCAGCAACAGCUGCAGGACAUCAAGGAGCAGACCAUGUGUCCUGUGUGCCUGGACCGGCUCAAGAACAUGAUCUUCAUGUGUGGCCAUGGCACCUGCCAGCUGUGCGGCGACCGAAUGAGCGAGUGUCCCAUAUGCCGCAAGGCCAUUGAACGCCGCAUCCUUCUCUAUUAGACUCUUGCUGCCGGAUUGUUUUACCUUCUAGGCCCCCCCCCCCCCCCCCCUUUCCUUCCCUAUCCAACACCAGCCGCUGUCGGCCACCAAAGCGCAUCCCUCAAUGUCUUACUCUACCAUACAACAUUAACUUUUUACCAAGACGCUCCAUGGACAUCCCCUCUUCUGUAUCCUCUUCGUCUUACUUUGCACCGUCAUCAUCCUUCUUCUGUUGAUGUUUGGAAGCUCACCGUUGUCAAAGCUUCUCAAGAAAUGAACUUGAAGGGCAUGUCUCUUGAAUCUGGCUCUGGACUGAACAAAGUAAGAGGAUAUACAAAAAUGAGAAGGAUGGACUGCUCUGUCUUUGUUGUUGACUGUAUCAACUUUUACUAUUGAUUAUCCAUCCUUAUGCAAGUGUCGGAAGCAUCCAUUUUUAACCUGGUUCUCAUAACUGAAUGGUAACUUUCAAGGUUCCUCGCAAGUAUUUUUUUACAGCAUAGAUGUCGUGAUUCGCUCAAGAAGACUUCAGCACUACUGUAUUGGAGAAAGAGAAACCGGCUGAACAGCAACACAGCGGGUCCACUCCACACAGGUAGCACAUCACAGUCGCACUAGAGCCGCCAAACUAGCAUCCAAACACACACACAUCCACACAUUUCAACUUUUUAGACUUCAGUUAGUAUUGUCCUGCAUUAUUGUACAAUAGUCUGUUGCUGCUGUGCCAUUCGCUUCCAAAAAGCUUGUGCUGGGGUGGGAAGAAAAGGUGCUCUUUGUUUUGUGUUUUUUUUUUUUUACUUAAUUUAAAGUGUAUUACCGCUCAAAUCAGCAUUUAUUGACAUAUAAAGUACAAUCUGUUAGAACACUUAGAUGGUGACUGUAGAUAAAUUAUUUUGUAUUGCUGCCCCAAAAAUAUGAUUUGUAGGUGUCACCGCCUUCCUGACAUGUAGCCUCAAAACCAGCUUUGAUAUUCAUGUUUUUGUUUUGUUUUGUUUGUUUUUGUUACACCUAAUCACGCUUACAUUUUUCAUCCUCUUUAAGCCUUACUCAUGUUCUUUGUUGAAACUUAAAGAAAAAGUAAUUUAGUUGUCAAGCGUCAGUGUUUUUUUAAAUUAAGACAAAAAUUGCCUUACUCGUACAAGGCGCACACUAAAACUUUGUUUUUUUUAAAAAAAUGACACUUUCUUGUUUUGUUUUUUUCACCGACAACACCAAACUAGAAGCACUAAAAUGCUUUACAUCAGUGUUGUUUUUCUUGCUACUAUCUAAAAAAAAGAAAAAAAUUACUUUUUUUUUUUUUCCCUUUUUUUUGUUUUAAUCCCGUUGGAAAUGUAUCGGUGGUAUUUCCUUUUGGCAUGAAUGUUUGACAUAUGCAGUACGACAUGUAUCAUUCAAAAUUGUUCGGUCUGUAUUGCAAAACAAAGUGCUUUUAAAACAACAAAAAACACAAAUAGCUGAAUUAAAGUUGCAAACCAA